CCAGCCAAGCCAAGCGAAGUCGACUUAAGCAUCCUCGUUCAAGUUCCCUACUCCGUGGUCUCCGCUACCUUUUACUGUACUUUUCUGUGAUGCGUACACCUGUUCUGGCACGUGUGUACCUGAUGGAUUUAGUCCCUUGCAGCUUCACACUCCAGUGGGUGAUGGUCUUCAGGAAUUGUAGGCGGACGCUGCGUGUAGGAGAUGGUCAGAGCUUGAAUCGGCUGGGUGUAGGCUAGUCUACUCUGAGUGUCUUACGACACUGCGGAUUUCUUAAGGAGUGCUGAGGAGCAGUGCAAGAGGUAAAGAGCUUAGAUUGGGAGAUGACAAGCUUGUGGCGAAGGACCCUACAGCUAUCAUUGUGCGUCGUCACACUUGGUGUUGAAGGUGGUUGGAUAGACAGGAUGCCUCAUGAGGAGAAGUCCAUGAAGUUUAACUGGGUGAGAAGCAAGAAUGACAAAGAGGAGAAGGUCCUUGAAGGUGUAGAAAACGGUGGCAAAUCGGCUUAUUCUGACGAGGCAUGGAAACCGGCUGAAAUGCUCUAUGAACCUCCUCUUCUGCAAGUAACUCAGCCUAAGGGCUCCUUCUGCACAAUCGAUUGCCGAUUUGCUACUACAUUGGAGCCUGAUGGAGUCUAUGACAUCCUUACGGAUCCCAACAAUCAUCGAGUCUUCAAGAAUAUCAAGGAAGUCAUAUACCGCAAGGUAUUGGAAGACGACGGAAACAGGCAGGUGGUGGAGGUGGAGCAGCUGGGGCGUUGGAAAUUUUUGUUCCUGUCUGGGACCUUCCCUACACGAGUGAUGAUUGAACAAAAGCGGCAAGAGAAAACUAUAGUUUUCGAUCUGGCGAAGCAAGGAGGUAUUAUGAAGAAAUUUACUGGAUCAUGGAAGAUUGAGCCCAUGAGGGCAUCUGAGGCCGCAUCCCAGAAUGUAUCCACAAGCGUGGGGGUGGAGACCGAACCUGGAAGCGACCCCAUUCUUGGAUCGUGGAUCACAUUCCAACAAGUGGUCGAGCCUUCCAUCAAGCCUCCAUGGCCGCUCAGCAACUACAUUAGAGGAGUCUCAGACAAGAUUGUGCGGGAGAUGCUUGCUGAUUUGCAACAAGAGUGCCAACGCUUGACGGAGCUUCGAAAAACAUCGACAUCGGCAUCGAAAGUGGUUGCCAAUGCUCAACCCUCGAGUAGUUAGUUACUGUCGCUCUUCUAAGGCGUGUAGAAUGUUCCGUAGAGGUAGCAGUACUCAUAAAAAUAUAUAUAUGUAUAUCUUUUAUUAACUAGGUAUAAUCGUGCUCCAUGUACGGUGCUCAGAAAUUUAAGACAAUUGAGCAGACAGUUCCUUGCCGCUGAAGAUAGUGGUGAGAGAUACAGCUAGACAAUUGCUGUAGGACAAAAUUUAGCAGAAAAAGGUGUUGAAUAUAUAAAUUAUGAAGCGCAUCUCACGCUAUCUGCAUGCCAAAAUCGCAUGGUUUCUCUA